UUUUUCUCUUAUCAUCCAGGAACGAGAAAAGAACACGAACCCUGACUCCGAUCGUCGGCGGCUCGCCGCCGGCGCCUCAGCCGCCCCCACCGCCGCCGUCACCCCCAGCAGGGCGUGAGCUCGCCGGCCCCGCGAUCCGAGCUCCACCCCCCGCGGAUGCAGUACCACCACGGCGGCAGCCGCAGCCGCAUGCCGCCGUUCGCGCGCGGCGGCGGCGCCUACGGCCGCGGCCCGAAGCCGUUCUACCCGCCGCCGCCCAUCCCGGCCGCCGCGCUGCCUCCUCCUCCGCCGCCGCUGAACAAGUAUGAGGUGCUCUUGGAGGCCGGCCGCCUGGCCGCCGAGUACCUGGUGGCGAAGGGCGUGCUCCCGCCGGACUCCCUGCAGCAGCGCGGCGGCGCAGUCGGUGCCGGGGGAUGGGGCCAGCUGCCACCGCCUCCUCCUCCUCCUCCGCUGCCGGCGGGGCAGGAAGCCCCGACGUACUACAACGCCAGGAGUGGCCGGCGGCAGGUCGAUGAUGAGUGUGGUACUCGUAACGCCCGCUCGAGGCGGAACCGUGGUGGCGAUUACAGUAGCGGCAACAGCAGCAACUACAAUGGAAGGUGGAAGAGGAAGUUUGGGGCUGACAAUAGGUAUUCGGAUUCGGGGAGGGAUAAGGGAAGGAGCAGGGGAUAUUCAGAUACCCGGAGUUAUGAUGAGGACGAUGAGGAUGGGGCUCCUGGGUUCAAACGGGAGUGGCGAAGCAGUGGUGGGAUUGAUGAGGUUGGGAGCAGCGUGUCAGGGCUGGCUGGGGAGGGGCCAUCAUCGAAUGUGGUGGAGAUGGGGGAGUCGAAACUGGAGGAUACUGGACCAAAGGCUAGUUCUAACAGCAAUGAUCAGCAGAAAGCUGAUGCUUGGCAUGAGGUGGAGGAUGAGAAUGAGGCAAAUAAAAUGCAGGAGGACAGUGUGGUCUCUAAUUCAGAGGUAGUGGAACAAACGUUGAAUUGUGAGGGUAAUGCCAACAAUGAUUCUUCUGGUGUUGUUCAAGAGGCUGAGACAAAACAUUUGCCAGUAUCCUCAGGUGAAAAAGUCUCAGAUGGGAGGCCAGAAGACAGUGGCAUUCUGAGUGAGAAGGUUGAAGAUGAUAAGACUUUACACGAGAAGGCUGAAGAUGAUAAGGUUGACGAUGAUAAGACUUUACAUGAGAAGGCUGAAGAUGAUACGACAUCAGAUGAGGUCUCCAUUAUGGCGAACAAUUUACCUAAUGAUCCUAGAAAUUUGCUAAACUAUUGUAGUUUUGCAAGAGUUCCAACAAGACCGCGAUCAGUGCUUGCAAACAGGAACGCACGACCAGCCCAAAGAGAAUUUCCUAUGUCUGGACAGGGCAGUCUUGUUACCACUGAAGAAAUGUCCCAGACGGCAAUGGAUGGAGAAGCUAACACCAACUCCAUGACUAGUAUGCAGGAAGACAGCAAAGAUGAGGUGGUUAGACAAGAACAUGCUGAACAAAGUACUCCAUGUAAUCAUGUGGCAGAAUCAGUGACAUCCAAUGAAAAGGGAACACAAGGUGAAACUGAAGAGAUGGAACAACAGAAGAACAUCACUCAACAUUACGGUCUCGAGGAUAAUAAUGAGUCCAAUGAACUGUCUCCUUCAUUUGCUUCUCACCAGAAUAGCUUCAGUUUGCAAGUUGAGGAAGGAAUACAAAUUUACAAUUUAGAUAUGCCACCACAGGAUGAAGUGUUGAUCGAUCCACCCAAUAAAGGAGAAACUGUUGAUUCUGAGUUAGUACCUAAUAUCAAAGCAGAAGCUUCUGUCACAAUAGAAGAGGAAAAGCUUGGUCAGUCAAGCUCAUUUAAAAUAUGCGAUCUCAACCUGGUUGGUUGUCCAGAGGUUGCUGACAUGCGAGCUGAUCCUCGUUUAGGCCAAAGCUCCACUGCUGGAUGUUCAGUGGAGCAACAAGAUACUCAGCAAGUUGACUUUGAAACAACUCUAGGUAACAAUUCAAGUAGUACUGACACAUUUUUAUUGGGAAAUAAGGCAGUUCAAGUUAUUGAUAUCCAAGAUGAUCCACCAAUUGAAGCUGGUGCUUGUGACACUUCAAAAGCAGAAGGUGACAUGGUGUAUUCUAGCAUGGAGAACAUGACGAACCCGCCCACGAACAUCGAUGCCCUUCAUGGUAUCCAAGAUGGUUAUGGUCUUGCAAUUUCAGAUUACCUUGGUGCUGAUAUGCCAUGCUACCAAUCAAUACAAACAGAUCUUCAAGCUGGGAUGGACCUAAAUGGUUCAGAGGGCAUAACUGUCGUGGAUGAUUCUAUAUAUAGUUCUCUUAGCGACAUAAGUUUUAUGGAGGUUUGGGACCAGCAACCUCAAGACUACGAGAAGUUCUUCUGAGGAAUGAACUCGUGGUGCUGUAACUGUGGCAGAGUUUGAUAGAUAAAUACAGAGUUACACAACACUUGCAUAGAUAGAAAUAAAACAGCAGAUUGUGCCUAACACAUAUAAUUCCACAUGGCCGUGCGGCAGCAGCAUGCAUUAGAGACUGUCAGUUUCUCGCUUAGAUCCAUAAAAUUUUAAAUGUUGGACAUGGAAACUCUCUAAAUAUUGCAUAAAGUUUUUAGCGUUAGACAUGUAAACUCUCUAAAUAUAGCGUGCGACUUAUGACUGAUUUAUAUUCUUUGAGAAAUGAUCCUGCCUAUAUAGUGUGCCAUUCGCAUAGAGGAACCAUCAUGUGAGGUAAAUAUAAGGUGUGACGUUAAGUUUGUGCUAAAGUACAUAAUUAUGAUAUAUUUUGGAAACAA